AACCACAUCGUACGUUGCCUCCUCGUGGUCUGGACAGGUCGAAGGGGCGAGAUGAAGUGCACGACGGCGGCGGUGGCGGUGACUGUCGUGGCGAUGGUGGUGGUUGAGGGGACGCCGUUAGUAGGUGUUCAGCCUGUCUCCUACUCAGGGUGGAAGGUGUUGGAGGUGCAGCUCGGGGCGGCGGUGGAGGGAGUCACCGCCGCGGACAGCCCUGGCCUCGACCUGACCGAGAUCGACGACGGCGCCUCCGUGCAGGUCCUCACCCAGAACAGACGCGCAGGCACGGCCGAGCUAGCGGUGUCCCCCUCGGCACUGCUUCGCGUCACUCAACACCUGGAGACACGCGGCGCACCUUACACCACCAUCGUUGACGACUUGGGCAGUCAGCUUCAAGAGACCCGCCAGAACCUUCGCUCGGAGCCGCUACUGGACGGGGACUUGACGCUCUCUCGCUUCAUGACCUACGAUGAGAUCAAGACCCACGUGGAGGCGCUGCAGGGGCGACAUCCGCGGCAGGUCAAGGUGGAGGUGGCGGGCCGGAGCGUGGAGGGCCGCCCCAUCCACCUCGUCACCCUCACCGACGACGUGGCUAACGCUCACGCCGCCAGGAAGCCCGUCGUGUUUGUAGAGGGAGGUAUCCACGCCCGCGAGUGGGUGAGCCCCUCGGCGGUGCUGGGCGUGGUGAACAACCUGCUUCAGACGCCGAACCUGACGGCGGGGCUAGAGUGGCGGAUCAUGCCGCUCGUCAACCCGGACGGUUACCUGGCCAGCUGGCGGAAGAAUCGCCUCUGGAGGAAGAACACUGCCAGGACCUCCGGCACCAAGUGUGUGGGGGUCGACCUCAACAGGAACUUCGGCUACCACUGGGGAGAUAUCGGAUCGAGCAGCAACCCGUGUUCGCAGCUGUACCGCGGCCCCCACGCCUUCAGUGAGCCCGAGGCGGCGGCGGUGCGGGACGCCAUGCUCGAACACAAGGCUCGGAUCAAGGCGUACGUCACCUUCCACUCCUACGGCCAGCUGAUCCUCUACCCCUGGAGCUACACAUAUGACAAACACGACAACAAUGACAGGAUGGCGGCGCUGAGCAACGGCAUGGCGGAGGCGAUCAACAGAACCAACGGAGAGGAGUACACUGUUGGCCAUCUCGCUCAGGUGCUUAACCCUGUGGGAGGCACCUCGGGGGACUGGGCGGUGGCCGAGGCACACGUCCCCCUCGUGUUCGUCCUGGAGCUGCGGGACCGGGGCCUCACCAGGUUCAGCCUCCCAGAGAAACUGAUCCAGCCCACGGUGAACGACGCGUGGCAGGCAAUUAAAUACCUGGCGGAGGAGUUGCUGAGGGAGAACACGCCCUCGUCCACUGGGGAGACACCGACCCCUCAACCCACCCCCCAGGAAUCCCCAGAAACUACCACGGAGGCGCCCGCAGAGGUGACAGAAGGGGAGGUAAAGGUAGAGAGCCAAACACCUGCCGACGUGAAUAAGGUCUCAGAAGGGAGCCAGAAACCAGGGAACCAAGAAAUACUAGAAACCACAACCAGAGAAUCAAAACCAGAAAUCCAAGGAGUACCAGAAACCACAACAGAGGCGCCCACAGAGGUAACAGAAGGACAGGUAAAGGGAGAUAGUCAAGCACCUGUCAAAAUAAAUCAAGUCUCAGAGGGAAACCAAAAACCAGAGACCCAAAAAGAACCAGAAACCACUACAAAGGUGCCCAUGGAGGUGGCAGAACAGGUAACAGAAGGACAGGUAAAGGGAGAUAGUCAAACACCUGUCAAAAUAAAUCAAGUCUCAGAGGGAAACCAAAAACCAGAGACCCAAAAAGAACCAGAAACCACUACAAAGGUGUCCAUGGAGGUGGCAGAACAGGUAACAGAAGGACAGGUAAAGGGAGACAACCAAACACCCGUCAACGGAAACCAGGCACUCUCAGAAGGAGACCAGAAACCAGAGAACCAAAGAGAACUAGAAACCACUACAGAGGUGCCCAUGGAGGUGACAAAAGGACAGGUGACAGGACAGGUAAAAGUAGACAACCAAACACCCGUCAACGGAAACCAGGUACUGUCAGAAUGAAACCAGAAACCAGGGGACCAAAGAGUACCAGAAACCACAUCACAGGCGCCUACAGAGGUAACGGGACAGAUGACUGGACAGGUAAAAGUAGACAACCAAACACCCGUCAACGGAAACCAGGUACUGUCAGAAUGAGACCAGAAACCAGGGGACCAAAGAGUACCAGAAACCACAUCAGAGGAGCCCACGGAGGUAACAAGACAGGUAAAUGGAGACCCCCAAACACCUGUCAACGUGUACCAGAAGCCAGAGAGCCAAAGAGUACCAGAAAUCACUAGCACAGAGGCGCCCACACCCACCACAGAGACCGGACAGCUGGGGGAGGGAGACAACAAGAUACCGGUAAAGAAGGAAACUAGGAUUUGAAAACUUAAACCGAACAAAAUAUGAAAGUGAGAAGCCGUGACGAAACUUUCAGGUACUAGAAAACAAAAAUCAUGAACAAUUAGACAGUACUAUUAUAACCAUUAUUUAUCAUUAUUAUUGUUGUUGUUGUUAUUAUUAUUAUUAUUAUUAUUAUUAUUAUUAUUAUUAUUAUUAUUAUUAUUAUUAUUAUUAUUAUUAUUAU